AUGACAGGGCCGCAACAAGAUGGACGUGUGUCUUGUCUGGUGUGCGGCCGUUCCUAUGCUCGCAUGAGCCAUCUUCGCCGACACAUGCAAAACCACUCGGCGAUCAAUGGACACGUCUGCGAUACGUGCCAACGAAGCUUUACACGCAUAGAUUCAUUGCGUCGCCACGUCAGGAUAUGUCCCGAAGCACGACACAUGUUUACAGCCGUUGACCCUCCCAGGGCUUCAUCCCGCGCCUGCUUGAACUGCGCAAGGGCUCGUCAAAGGUGCUCCCACGCCGCGCGGUGCGCCCGCUGCCAGGAUAAGGGCCUUGAAUGCGUUUACCCGCCUGGGGCUGGCUCGAUGGACUGGGCUUAUAGCGUUUUAACGGAAGCUCGAGGUCGCCCCCCAGAUCGAGAUUCAUCGCCUGCCCCAUUGGCCAUCGCAACAAGCUCAGUGACUUCUGGCCCGUCUGAGGGUUACCAAGAUGUUGAAAUGCUUGACCCGAUAGCUUGUGGCCGCCUUGUAAUUGAAGGGGAGCUUCCCGAUGCACCGUUCAUCCCCCCCGUAUCUUCAAUAGCGCAAGGAAAUUGGCCUAAUUCGCCAAUUGCCUUUCAGCCGCCGUACUGCGGUACCAAAAGCCUUUCAAGGGACCAAACACUUGAGCGUCGGAGGGGCUCAAGUCAGUCCACAACAAGUCAGGCCUCAUCACCGGCAGCCUCAGUUGCCACCAAACAGUCUUCAACAUCAAAUACCGACACAAAGUCAGCCAGAGGCUACUCUGCGGGAAGUGGAGCAAGAGAUACCCUUUUCAAGGAGCUUCCUCGCCUGUAUAGACUAUCCUUGCCAAAGAGUCCAAAGAUCGGUCAUACGCCCGUUCCCGCAAGAGUCGCAUUUCCACUCCUGCUUAAUGAUGAGGACAACCCAGGCCGUCUGCAAGUUUCAGGCGUGACGUAUGACAACCUAUGCCACCUGUUCCGACGCCUCUGUCUAUCAGAAACCUUUCUAUUCGCUAAAUACUCUUCCUCAACAUUUAUACAGCAGAAUCUCCUGGAUCGCUGCGUAUCUGAAUAUUUCGAACACUUCCAUGCAUUUUUCCCGCUCAUCCAUGAGAUUUCAUUCCUGAAAGGGCAAGACAGCACACUGACUCUCGCGGUUGCGGCUAUUGGAUCCUUUUUCUUGGACUGCGAAGAGUCAACAGAGCUGUCGGCGGCGUUCCUAGAGUUUCUACGAAGAACACUUAUUGUCCGCGUCGAGGCGCUAAGAAGCAAUUUUGACAAACCAAGCUGUCUCCAUUUUGUGCAAGCAAGUCUGUUGAGUAUCGUGGGUAUGUAUCAUCACCACAAAGACUCCAUGCAGUCCGAAGCGGUAAAGGGGAUACGUUCUCUUGCAGAAUUCUGUCGAGAAAGAGAGCUGUGUAUGCAUGACGACCCGGGCGGAUCAGGACUUGACCAUUUGGAGAACUGGGCCACCUGGAUAGAAAAGGAAGAACUACGUCGUACCGUCUACUGUUUCUGGCUAUUUGGGGAAAUGCUUGACACGCAGCAACAGACCGUUAUUGGCCUAGAUCUGGUAGAAAUACAGCUGGAGCUACCAUCUUCAGAUCAGCUCUUCAUGACGACAUCCGUGGAGGAGUGGUCCCAGUUGGUUAAGGGAACUCGACCCAACCCUACGCUUCUAGAAUGUCUGAAGAAUCUGACAUCUGAUCGUCACCUAUUCUCUGGACUGACUCAGCUUGGUCAUACGCUUUUGGUCUACGGGCUGUUUUACCAGAGUCGUCAGAUGAAAGAGCAUCUCCAGCAUCUCGCGCGCUCAUGCAACCAUGGAUCUACGGAAGCUCUUGAAAUCGCUCCAGAGAAGCACUUCAGCUUUCAUGACUUAUUAGAUUUGUCUUCAUGGGUGUCGUGGCGCAACCAAAUGUGUGAUUGCUUAGAUGUUCUCCAUCGCCACGCCAACGGAGUCACUGGCCAUGCGGGAGGAUUCGAGGAACCUCUCGUUCUACAUCUGCAUUUAGCACGUGUUAUACUGCUAUCACCUUGUAGCGAGAUUCAGUCAGUAGCCCGCUUCUUAUCUUGUGGAAAGCCUGAGCAACAUCGCCAAUACGGUAAGGACAAUAUGACAGACGUCCAAUAUACCAAAUUGCUCACAGCUCUCCGUGUAUGGCUUAGCCAUGACAAGUACAAGAUGAGGUUGGCUGUCAUUCAUGCUGCCGGUAUCUUUUGGCACAUCCGGCGCUAUUCUGUGCAGAGCUUUCACGAACCUGCUGCUCUGUUCUUGGCCGCACUCACAAUAUGGUCUUUCUGCCUACGAACCAAGUUUCUGUGUCUUCUACCCACAGAUCCACAUCUACAACCAGAGGGAUCACACCUCAUGCCACAUAUCAGCCCCGGCGAUGAUGCCGAAAGCGUCGAACACGAGGCAUCGUCUGAUAUAUCGAGAGUAUAUAUAGAUCGUGUCCUGGACGACGAACUCGUCCAGACAUUGGUACUGGGGAGGGGACCUGUAGAGAUGUACAUGAGCCGUAUUGGAGAUCUGAAUAUGCCGGAAGCCCCAGUGAAGGUACUCAACGAAGCCGCGAGAUUGAUGGAGCUGCGAUGCUCGAUUUGGCCAAUUUCGAAAUUUUAUUAUGAGCGGCUGUUAAUUCUGGCAGAUCCUUUACGUCAAUUGCCCUAG